AUGGUAUCUGCUAAGAGAAAAGGCCUGGAAGGCGAGGAUGACAGCGCCAGUCAUCAGCCGAAGAAGGGCACUGGAAGAAAGCGAGGUGCAAAAAAGCAGAAGACUCUGUCGUCUGCACCCGCCCAAGCUACCUCAGCUGCUGCAGAUGGCUCUGUGUUUCCCCAAACCGAGGCUUCUGUAGCGUCCAGUGAUCAGGAGUUGCAGACCCCAGAAACCCCCACCCAGAAGCCUUCCAAACUUUGGACCAACGAACUUAGGAUCGCCUUGCUUGUCGCCGUUCUGAAGGAACUCGAUCACACGAUUUCGGAGAAGACCUGGCAUCAGGUUGCUGAAAACCUCAAACCAAUGAAGCCUAAUAUCUCUUGGAAUGGCGCUCGCUUGGAGUUCGGCCGUCUUAAAAGAGAACAUUGCCCCCAUACUGCGCCCACACCGACCGGCCGACAUGAUCAGCCCGCUCAAAACCCGAAGGACGAGGAUUAA